AUGGGUCAUUGUCUAAGCGGGGCCCGGCGAUUCACAGCCAUUUUUUCUCCGUUGCGCUGCCCCUCUAAACCCUUGAUAUUUCUGCCUUUGAUACCUCGCGCAACCUUAGGUACAUCGCGGUCUGUAUCAUCUUCAAUCAUGGCGUCCGCAGAUUCCCUCCCCGCCUCUGUUGAGGCUCUGUCCCUCCAGUCCACGGCGCAGACGUCUCAGUUCACCGGCUGCUUCCCAACACUGAACCCGAUGGAUAUCUACCGCGAGCACAUCGCGGAAGAGUUGAGCAAAGCUAGCGGCAUCGAUGCUCAGAAGAUCUACGCGCGCAUUGCGUGGACCAAUACCUUGGACAAGGGUGAUCUUUCAUUGCCGGUGGCCUCUCUCCAGAUCAAGCAAAACCCCGUGGAGCUCGCCAAGGAGCUUGCAUCCAAGUUCCCCGCCUCCGACCUCAUCCACCCCCCAACUCAGCUUGGUCCUCAUAUUCAGUUCUUCUGCAAGCCUAAGCCAUUGACCACCACUGUCCUUGGUCGCAUUCUGAAAGAGAAGGCCGCCUUCGGAACCAAUGGCAACCAGGGUCAGAAGGAUCCAUCUGACCCCUCCAAGGGCCAGAAGAAGAUCAUCAUCGAGUUCUCGUCGCCCAACAUCGCCAAGCCCUUCCACGCUGGUCAUCUGCGCAGUACUAUCAUCGGUGGCUUCCUCGCCAACAUCUACACUGUUAUGGGAUGGAACGUGAUCAAAAUGAACUACCUGGGUGACUGGGGUAAGCAGUACGGUCUGCUGGCCAACGGCUUCAAGUACUUCGGCAGUGAGGAUGCUCUCAUCAAGGAUCCCAUUAACCACUUGUUUGAUGUCUACGUCAAGGUCAACCGUCUGGUCAGCGAUCAAGAUGGUCCGAUCAAGGAACUGAAGGAGCAGAUCAAGGCGAAGAAGGAGAAGAGCGAGGAUGUUACUGAGCUGGAAGCAGAGCUUGCCAAGCUUGUUGAUGUGAGCGAGGACGAGAAGGCCCGCCGCUACUUCAAGAGCAUGGAGGACAGUGAUCCCGAGGCCCUUGCCCUUUGGCGCAAGUUCCGUGAUCUCAGCAUUGAGAAGUACAAGCAGACCUAUGCCCGCCUCAAUAUCGACUUCGACGUCUACUCCGGUGAAUCCCAGAUUAAGUCCGAGAGCAUGACCAAUGCCUACAAGCUCAUGGAGAAGGCCGGUGUUUCUGAGGAGUCUGAGGGUGCUGUCAUUGUGGACUUCACCAAGCAAGGUGCUAAGAAGUUGGGCAAGGCCAUCAUUGUUCGCAAGGAUGGCACUCCUCUCUACCUGACUCGCGAUAUCGGUGCCAUCACCGAGCGUGACGAGGAGUACCACUUCGACAAGAUGAUCUACGUUGUUGCUGCCCAGCAGGAUCUCCACCUUGCUCAGCUCUUCAAGGUCACUGAACUCAUGGGCCACAAGGACCUUGCCUCCCGCUGCCAGCACAUUAACUUCGGUAUGGUCCGUGGCAUGAGCACCCGCAAGGGUACUGUCAAGUUCUUGGAUGACAUUCUGCGCGACGUUGGUGAUAAAAUGCACGAAGUCAUGAAGAAGAAUGAGGUGAAGUAUUCGCAGGUCGAGGAUCCUGUGAAGACUGCCGAUAUCCUGGGCAUCACUUCCGUUAUGGUGCAGGAUAUGACUGGAAAGCGUGUCAACGGUUACGAUUUCAACCUGGAUGCUAUGACAUCCUUCGAGGGUGACACCGGCCCAUACCUGCAGUACGCUCACGCCCGUCUGUGCUCGAUGACCCGCAAGUCCGAGCUGGAUGUCAAUGAGUUGGUCAACGCCAACUUUGAUCUGUUGACUGAGCAGCAUGCUGUCGACCUUGUCCGUCUGUUGGCCCAGUGGCCCGACGUGCUCCUGAACACAGCCAAGACCCUUGAGCCUAUCACUGUUCUCAGCUACCUGUUCCGCAUGACACACAUGUUGAGCUCUAGCUACGACGUGCUCAAGGUCAUCGGCAGCGAGCCCGAUGUCAAGCAGGCACGUAUGGCACUGUAUGCCUCAGCCCGCCAGGUUUUGCACAACGGCAUGCGUGUUCUUGGUCUUAGCCCUGUUGAGCGUAUGUAA